GGGACUCAAAAAACUCACGAUCUUUUAGGAUGUUUAUUUCAAAAUUUAAUUUGAUUUAAAAUUGGGGUGAUAAUGAUUAUCACAGCCACUAUACUUUUUAUUAUCUUUCUCUAUGCUCCUGGACUAUAUUGACUGUCCAUAAAUAGAUGAAAACGGAGUUUUAGGUUAUCCCAGGGAAUAUUUGUUUAUAAAUGGCGUUGUAUAACUGAAUCCGACACAAUUUUCAAGGUGAAUUGUGAAUACAGUUGAAUUGCCGUAUCGAUAGAGAUAAGUAUUGGGUAUAUAAAUAAAAAAAAUCACUGUAAGAUUACUGCUGUAAAGAUUCAUUCAUUUCAUUCCCACCUGUUACGAGUUUACAAGCCUAAAUUACGAGAAUGUCCAAUAUCCAAAUACAGUUUAAUAAUACACAACUUAAUACCGGAGAUACAAUAACUGGAAAGCUAGUAUGCAUGUUUAGUUCGCCCAAGAAUUUUAGAAAACUGUACAUUAGACUAAAAUGUAAGGAGCAUACUUCUUGGACUGACUCUGAGCGGUAUUAUGACCAUCAUGAUAAGAAACAUAAAACAAGAUAUGUUAAUUAUACAGGAACAAACACAUUGUUUUACCAAGAAGUAGUUCUACAUGGAGAAGGAUCCCUUAGUGCUGGGCAUCACGUUUUCCCAUUCAGCGUUAAAAUUCCAGAACAUUUACCAAGCAGUUUCGUUUGCUCUUACGGUUUUAUAAAACAUUCGAUCAAAGGAACAAUGGAUAGGCCUUGGAAACUUGAUUUAGAAGAUUACAGAGAACUACAAGUGAUGUCUCCUAUAAAACUAAGUACUUUUAAUUCUCAUAUUCAAGAAGCAGUUAAUUUAUCAGAUGAUAAAACACUUUGCUGCUGUUGCUGUGCUAGUGGUCCAAUAACACUGUGCUUGUCACUGGAAAAACAAGGUUUCGUAGUAGGAGAAUCCAUCAAUGUAAAAGUCUACUGUCUAAAUAUGUCAAACAGUAAUGUAAACGGCAUAACUGUAAUAGUAAAAUCCAACCUAGAUUACAAAACUACACAUCCAGGUGUCAAGUAUAAACAUGACAGUGAACUUGUGAGUAGUACAGGGGACACUGGUGUUGGGGCACAUGGCGAAAGAGAAUACAACUUCGUUUUGGAUAUACCACAGUCUACACCAGUGUAUAAUUUCGCUGGCUGUGAUCUAUUUAGGUCCAGCCACGAACUGAAGGUAUGUGCGGCGAUUCCUGGAAUGCACAAUGACUUUGAAAUAGAACAAACGAUAUAUUUAGGUCAUAUACCUUUUAACACCAUUUCUCCAAUUUUUCCGCAACCAGGAUUUAAUGCUGGACCUAACGUUCCAAUAAUGCCAAUGCCUAUGCCCAUGCCAAGUAAUGAAGGUGCCACUGCACCAGUAAAUAAUGUAGCACCUUCGGCACCUCCAAAAUUACUUAUGUCAAAUGAAGAAAAUUCAGGUGACGGGAAUGCCAAUGAACUGCCGCCCCCAUCUUAUAACGAAGCCAUACAAAAUACCAAAAUAAAUUUAAACUAAACUUAGUUAAAAAACGUUUUAUUUUUUAACUAAGAUUAUUAAAGUACAAGCUUAUAUUAUAUUAUAUUUUAAGCUGCUGAAAUGCAUAUGUGAUAUACGUCUAUUUUUCAAUAUGGGCCUAAACUUUGAAUAUAUUUAAUAAAAAGAUAUAUUUUA